AUGAAUUGCAUGAGUGAAGAAUUUUAAUAGAAAUUUUAACAAUUACUCUAAUUAAAAGAUAUAUAUAGUACUCGGGAGGUUUUACCAUAAAGGGUGUAAAGAUUAAAGCUCUUUGAUAUAAAAUUCCAAUUAAAGCAAAUCCGUCAUUAAUAACAAAAGAGAUUAGAUCAAAUUAUAAAUAGUUCUAUCAAAUCCUAAUACACUUAAUAGUAAUUAAAAGCAGAAAAAACUGUAUCAAAGUAAUAUAGCAGUCUAUUUAUUGCAGAUUAAUAAAAUAUAUGUUUGAGUUGUGAUAAAUACAUAUUUGAAAAGAAGGUUGAACUACUUUGUCAUAAUAAAUUUCAUCACAGUUACCAUUCAAGCUGUUUGGCAACAAUAAUGAAACAUUAACUAUAAUAAUAAUGCAUUUAAUUUUAAUGUUUAUGUAAAAGUUAAAUUAAAAAUGGAUAAAUUCUAAAAUAAAGAGCACUUGAUUUAGAAGUAUAUGUUAAUAAAUUAAUGGAAAAUUAACUCUAUUACAUGAAAUACCAUUUACCCAAUAUGAAAUAAUGUGCAAAUAAAGAUUGUGAUUUUUUUUGGGUUUGUAAAAUUCCAGAAAAAAAAAGAAGCCAACCUCAUUCAAAUACUCAUUCUCCUUUGAAAACAUGUAGGCUAACCUAUGUUAAUUAUUGUCCUAAUUGUAGAUUUUUAUGA